AUUUAACUCCCCUCUGUGGUUAUUUUGUAUAUUUUUGAUUGCUCAUUAUAUAUUAUGAUAAAGUUUGUCAUGGUAUGCGUGUCAUCAUCAGCUGACUGAUGGCGGCAGAAGACCUCCAAGAGUUAAAUCAUUCUCAGACUUUAAAAGCUGCAAUACACUUCACAGUAGGACGAACAUGUGAGGAGAUUGCUGCUGAGCUCGGGUUGUCAUUCACAAAGAAUGUUAUUGCCACACUCUCAGAAAUUACUUCCAAGCAACUAGAGACAUACUCGACUGAUCUUGAAGCCUUUGCUAAUCAUGCACGUAGAGCAAUCAUCAGCACAGAUGAUGUGAAGCUUCUAGUUCGUCGAAAUCCCAAACUGGCUGAGCAUAUUAAAGAAAUGGCAGAUAACUUGGCACAAGCUGGAGGAAAGGAAUGCAAGAAACGAGGUCAAAAACGUAAAAGUGCUGCUCAUCCUGCAGAAGCCUCCGAGAAAAGCAGCCCUUAAAUAUUUUGUACAUAUUGUUCAUUAAUAUUUUGAAGCUAAAUAUUUACACCUCUCUCAUUUGUGAUGACUAAUAUUCUCUUUAAGUGUGAAGUGACUAUUGUCUUAAUUCUUGUCAGUGAUGUGACCACAGCAAAGAAAUUGUCCCAUGAUAAUGAUACAUAAGCCUAUUUUGGCUAUAUAUGUACAGUAAUUUGUUACUAUAUAUGUACAGUAAUUUGUUACUAUAUAUGUAUCUGUAAUAUUAAUAAUCUAGAUAUGAUAUAGUUCUUUGUAUUAAACUGUGGCAAUUAUCCAAUAAUUAAAUAAUAAUUACAAAGUCCUCUGCUGUGCUUAGUGCUGUAAUGUCAUUAAUAUAAUAGUUUAAUCUAAGAACUUUUUUGUUCAAAGAUCGAGUCCCAUACCCCAAGGAGUUUGGAUACCCCCUGUUAAGGAUCCCUGAUAUAAAUGAUAUAUAAUACCAGUAAGUGGAUAAGACACAUGUGCAACAUUAGGAACCUUUAUUGGCAAAAGGUUUUGCCUGCGCUGCAGUCUUUAGCAGUCGAAUACAGGGAUGAGUUACACUCUUGGAGAGCUCAGCUUUGGUGGGAGACGAAGAAGGUGAAGUGGAGAGGUAGUUUGAUGUAAUCAGUCCAUCAGCCUUGGUGCUGAGAGUCUGAUUAUCUUGCACCAGGGGUAAUGUAUUACAUUAAGUUACCUCUCAACUUUACCUUUGUCUCUCAACAAAGCUGAUCUCUCCAAGAGUAUUUGACUGAUGAAGCCAGUAGUGCAGGCAAAACCUUUCAUCAAUAAAGAUUUGUAAUGUUGCACCUGUGUCUUACCCUUCCAUGUCUAAACUCCAGGCUCUUAACCCUUUGACUGUCACAAGCCCCUUUCUGAAACUGUCCCUCUGUCGCAAAAUUUUUGGAAGAAAAAAAUUAUUUUUUCAUAUGAAAUGAUGGAGAAUCUUUUCCCGAUGGUAAUGACACCAAAAGUAUGAAAUUUGGUAAAAAACUCGCAGAAUUACGCUCCCGCGAAGUUAUUGAUCUUAGCGAUAUAUACGCAUUGGCGAUUUUGACGACUUUGAGCCCUAUUUUCGGCCAAUUCUGUUGUUCCAGUCGACCAAACUCAGCUAUUUCUUUAGAACUCCAUUUUUUCUAUCAGUUGAGUACAAGAAACUGCCCAUUUACCGAUUUGAA